AUGGAUUACACCACCAGCAGCAGCAGUGCUCUUGCCUCUCUGGCAGAGGCAGUUGGCACGACAUCCUGCGGGGCCACUGAUGCCCAAGUCGCCAUCGUCGGGGCAGGUCCUCGAGGGUCCAGCACCCUGGAGCGCCUCUGCGCCUCCGCCAAGGACUUCCUCGCGCCGGGCUCGCGGCUGACGGUCCACGUCGUCGACCCGUCGCCCCCCGGCGCCGGGCGCGUCUGGCGCACCGACCAGCCGCAGGUCCUGCUGAUGAACACGGUCGCGUCCCAGAUCUCGCUGUACACGGACGAGAGCGUGACCGUCGAGGGCCCCAUCUGCCCCGGGCCGAGCCUGCACGAGUGGGCGGUCUCGGUCGGCGGCGUGCCCGAGCUGGGGCCCGACGACUACCCGACCCGCGCCCUGUACGGCCGGUACCUCGAGUGGGUCUUUGCCGAGACGGUGCGCAACGCGCCGGAGGGCAUCGAGGUCGAGGUGCACGCGGCGCGCGCGGUCCGCCUCGACGACGGGCCCGGCGGCAGCCAGGUGCUCAGCCUGUCCAACGGCCGGUCCCUGUACGGCCUCGCCGCCGUGAUGCUCGCCCACGGCCACCUGCCGCUGCUCCAGAGCCCCGAGGAGCUGCGCCUGGCGACCCACGCGGCGCGGCACAACCUGCGCUACAUCGCGCCGUCCAACCCGGCCGACGUCGAGCUCUCGGUCAUCGCCCCCGGCGAGCCCGUCUUCCUGCGCGGCCUGGGCCUGAACUUCUUCGACUACAUGGCCCAGUUGACCAUGGGCCGCGGAGGCCGCUUCAGCCGCAACACGUCUACCGGCAGCCUGCAGUACCACCCCUCGGGCACCGAACCGAAGAUGUUCGCAGGCUCCCGCCGUGGCAUCCCAUACCAGUCCCGCGGCGCGAACGCCAAAGGCCCAUACGGCCGCCACUACCCGCUGCUCCUCACCGAGGACGUGAUCGCCGCCUUCCGCAAGCGUUCCGAGUCGGGCAACCCGCCUGACUUCCUCGCCGAGGUGUGGCCGAUCAUCGCGAAGGAGGUGGAGACGGUCUACUACAGGUGCCUGCUGAAGCGGGAAGGCAAGGAGCACGCCGGGUUCCAGGAGCGCUACCUCGCCGUCCCGUACGCCAGCCCCCAGGAGACGGAGAUCCUCGACGAGGUCGGCGUGCCCGCGGAGAAGCGCUGGUCCUGGGACCGGAUCUCGAAGCCCCAGGGCAAGCGCACCUUCGCCUCGGCCGACGAGUGGCGCGACUGGCUGAAGACGUACCUGCGCCAGGACGCCGAGGAGGCGGCGCUCAACAACGUCGACGGGCCCCUCAAGGCGGCGCUGGACGUGCUGCGCGACCUGCGCAACGAGGUGCGGCUGGUGGUCGACCACGCCGGGCUGGGCGGCGAGUCGCGGCGCGACCACCUGGACGGCUGGUACACGCCCCUCAACGGGUUCCUGUCCAUCGGCCCGCCGCUGCAGCGCAUCGAGCAGAUGGUGGCCCUGAUGGAGGCGGGCGUGCUCGAGGUCCUGGGCCCGCGGCCCGAGGUGCGCGAGGUGCGCGGGCCCGAGGGCGCGUGGCUGGUGCGGUCGCCGCUGGUGCCCGGCGAGGCGGUGCGCGUCACCACCCUCAUCGAGGCGCGCCUGGCCGAGCCCAACCUCGCCCGCACCGCCGACGAGCUGCUCUCCCACCUGCUGCGCACCAGCCAGUGCCGCGCCCACACCCUCGACGGCUACGACACGGGCGGCCUCGACGUCACCGAGAGCCCCUACCACAUCAUCGACGCCUGGGGCCGCCCGCACGCGAGGCGCUUCGCCGUCGGCGUCCCCACCGAGGGCGUGCACUGGGUCACGGCCGCUGGCGUCAGGCCCGGUGUCAACUCGGUCACGCUGCAGGACAACGACGCCAUGGCCCGCGCCGCGCUGCGCGUCGCGGCCUCCGAGGCAGACGGCUCCAACGCGGCGCUGGAGCUCGAGGUCCAGGCCCAGCUGGAGACGCGCCCCAUCCUCGAGGCCGCCAGUGCCGUCCUGCAGGAGGCAGUCCCGCGGGGACGCCCCAUGGAAAGCCUUAUCCAGCCCUCCACAAACGGUGUGAAGGCGUGA